AAAAAAACCCCAAAAAACUCCGCCCCUCUAAACCCUCUAUAAGAGCUGCGUCUUACAAACUAUCCGAUCAGUGGCAGAUUUAAGCACACAAUGAGGAGCCUCAUCUUGAUAACAGCUUUGUUUCAAUGCACCAUAAGCUGGAUCUCUGUCUCUGGUUCUGAAUUUCAGACUGUGGAGGUCCAGUCUGGUGAAGAAGUCGCACUGCAGUGCUCCAACAUUUCCAGAAGUUCAACACAUACAGAGUGGUACAGAGUGGUCAACAGAGCUACGCUGAGCUGCAUUGCCUCUAUGUAUGGCUCUAACGGACAAGCUUUAUUCUGUGAUGGAUUUCAAAAUGGAAAAUUCAAUAUGACUUCCAACAACGUCGCCGUCUUUCUUCAAAUAAAGCCAGUGGAUCUGUCUGAUGCUGGGCUGUAUUUCUGUGGAUUUUUCUUAGACUAUCAUAUAAUUAUUUCCACUACAGUAGAGUUGAGAAUUCAAGGUGGUGAAACCAGUGAAGGAGAAGAUUUUAAGACUGAAGAAAAUUGCAACAGAAUGACACAACCAUUGAGCAUCCUCCUGGCUGGUCUGACUGGUUUACUCACUAUGGUGGUCAUUAUUCUGGUUUUAAAAAUCAGGAAACUUCAAACAGCUCCACAACAGCAACCAGAGCAAAGCAGUGAGAAUGUGGACUCUGUUGACCUGAACUCUGCAGCGUUGAGACUCCACCCACAAACACCAAGAAGCAGAAGGCCUGUAAUAGAGACACAAGUGGAAACUCAUGUUGUUUAUGCUGCCAGUGCAUAGAGCUGAUUCUCUGUGUUCAUGAUGGGAAAACGUGUUUAGUGGUUUAGUCUUUAUAACCCUGGAAUAAACAUUUUUAUGCCUUAAUUUGUCUUUAUCUCAAUAAAACGAGGGCAUACAAAGUUACUCAUAGGGAGAGUCAGGUCGUCUUCGGGGGGGAGGAGGCAUGAGUGAGAUACUGAUCACUUCACAGGAAGAGACUUCACAGUGUGGUCUGAGCACAGCUGAACUCACAAGGCCUCUACAGUCAGUAAUAGUUCACAGCAAAGUUUAAGAAGAGGCAGUGAAACUUGAGCUACUUGCUUGCUGCAAGGAAAAACAGUGUAGGAGUCAUGAAUAAAAUCAUUGGAACAGUAAGAAUUUGCUGAUUUCAAGACAACAAUG